AUGAUUUGGGAGCCAGUGUUCAUUGGUACGGGAGAAGAAGGUGAACCUUUGGGAAGGUAUCGACAUGAAGUAGUUAGGGUAGGAAACAAAUUGUACAUUAUUGGAGGAGGCACAGGAGAAUUAGCCUUUGAAUUGAUGGAUAUUCCUAUGUAUGAUCUUGAAACAAAUACAUGGACUAAAUUAGUACCUAAAGGCGAUGACUCAAUGAAGGAUACUGUUGUUCCUCUAGGUAGAAAAUGUCACAGUGCAGUGCAAAUAGACACUUUAAGUGGUGUUCAAGUGUUUGUAGCUGGUGGAACUGAUGGGCAAGCUGUUUUCAAUGAGGAUCUCGAAUGA